CUUCGUACGUACUGCACGCUGUAGGUUGGGAGCCGCAUCAAAGGUGACAUAAAAAAUUCUGCAUAGUCACAACACAAAAAGACGGUAUAUCGUGAACGCAGAAUAAAACGUUUUGUUUCAGCUGAAUUUGAAAAUAACAUGGAGCUACAAAUGCAGCCUGCACCACACACUUCCAUAGGGGGUCCUCAACAACGAUAUUUCAGCCCUUAUGCAAUGAAUGGAGGGACUGUACUGGCUGUAGCUGGUGAUGAUUUUGCAGUUAUCGCAUCCGACACAAGACUGAGUGAAGGUUUCUCCAUUCACAGCAGGGACCUGCCUAAAACAUACAACCUAACGGGCAACACAGUUCUUGCAUGUUGCGGUUUUCAUGGAGAUGUCCUCACAUUGUCUAAAGUUCUCGAGGCAAGAUUGAAGAUGUACGAGCAUGAUAACCACAAGAAGAUGAGUUGUAAGGCCGUUGCGUCCAUGCUGUCCUCCAUCUUGUACUAUCGACGUUUCUUUCCUUACUACACCUACAACGUCCUGGCAGGAAUCGAUGAAGAUGGUAAAGGUUGUGUGUACAGCUUUGAUCCUGUUGGCUCCUAUGAGCGUGAGGCGUAUAGAGCAGCUGGCUCCUCCAGUUCACUCCUUCAACCAUUACUAGACAACCAGAUUGGCGGCAAGAACCAGGAAGGUUUCAACGAACUGCCUCUCAGCCAGGAGAAAGCCGUGGCACUGGUCAAGGACGUCUUCAUCUCGGCCGCUGAGAGAGACAUCUACACUGGCGACGGCAUCAUCUUGAACAUCAUCACGACGGCUGGUGUAAGCGAGGAGAGGUUCCCACUAAGACGAGAUUAACCGUCUGUUUAAAUCUGUAUAUCAGUGUAGUUGUUUUUCAAGUUUCGAGUCCGUCACAACUCCAGUCCACAAGAACAAAUCACAAAUCUGUUACUGGUGAACACAUUUGAAUGCAUACAUCUUUUGGCCAGAUGUUUUUAAACAAAAUGCAAUUAAUGGUGUGACUGUCUUGGUCGGCACUGCAUCGCUGGUUUGAUUUUGGAAAAAACUUACACUGUUGUUUAUUUCCACAGUGUCAUCACUGUAAUGUACAGUGGAACGCCGCUAUAUCGAACAAUUGGGGAUCCACGAAAAUUGUUCAUAAAAGCGAUUGUUUGGUACAGCGAUGUUAAGCUGCCAGUGCCCCAGUACUCGCUUUUCAAUAAAAAGCGUCCUUCAGAACUUCACCCUUGCAGACUAUUGAAUUAUGUAAUUACACAGUUUUUGAGCUUACUACCUACAGCAAAGGGUGGCUUUCCCCUUCUAUUCCGUGUGGAAAUAAUAGCCACUUGUCACUCUUCUGCUGACAUUUUUUGAACAACAAUGUUCGGUAUGUUUUGUACACAAAAAUCGGGAGCCAAGGAUGAUGUUUGGUAUAGCCAAAUGUUCGGUAUAGUGGUGUUCGGUAUAGCGACGUUCCACUGUGUUUCUUGUUCAACACGAGAAUAUGUAUCUUGAAUGAGGGCAAAAGAAAAUUAAAACCAAAUAAAAACUUAGUAAAAGCAAAUCAACUAUAAGCCCGAGUAUUCACUGCUCCUUACUAAAAAUUUUGUCUUCACAGAAUAUAUUUCAACAGACUGACCAUAAACACAAGCUAUGUGUAAGGUUUUUCUUUGCAGAGUGUUCUUUUUUAUUUACAUCUAUGUACAAUUCUUAAUUUACAAUCUACAGUGAAGCACGUUGUGCUAAAUAAAUUUAAGAAUGUAGUUACACGAAA